AUGCGAACAUUAGAGUUGUUUCCUCUGUAUAUGUCGGUAAGCAUACACACACGAGUAGUGUUUGAACAACCGGCAGCGUCGUCCAAACAGUAUUCUGACAUUACUUAUAUAAUAACUUGUGUUAUAAACGAGGUGCUUAAUCGUGUGCGUGCGGAUACGUUUCAUUUGUGAUCUUGUGUAUGGGUUUUGGACGACCUGUAGCGUCGUCCAUACGCUAUUUUUCAUUUUAUUAUAGUAACGUACAAAAUGCGGCAACAGUUUUCUGCAAAAUCAAAAAUGAUCCGAAAGAAAAAGCACUAAGUCAAUUUGAUGAAGAAGAGGUUAAUGCUUUAAUAAAUAAAACCACUUAUCCUCCACGUAGUAUUAUAGGAAAAUUAAACCUCUUUAGUAGUAUUACAAAAAGUGAACUGCUGAGCAUAGAAAAAAAAUUAAACGUGAAAGAAAAGUAUGAAAGCAAAAAGAAAUCACUGCAAUGUAUUAACACUUUAAUUUUGAAUGCUAUGGUCUGGAAUAUAAAAAAUUCAUUGUUAAUUAAUGAAAUGCCAAAUCUAGAUAAAUUAGAAGUUUUUGAAAAAUAUAAAAUGUAUUUAUCUCGUAUGCUAUCUGUAUUGUAUUAUGGCCGUAUUAGAGCCAAAAGAUGGCUUACUUAUUUAUAUACCAAAUUGUUAAACAUAGCAGAUACAGAGAAAAAUGAAAAAAUAAUGCAAAUAAAAUUUAUAAACAAUGAAUCACUUUUAAGUGACAUCGAAGAUGAUUAUAAUAAGUGUGAAAGUAGUUAUUUUAUUCCAAAACCUCGAAGACUAAUUAAGGAUGAAUUUUACAGUUUUUAUAAAGUUUUUGACAUCAUUGAACAGUUGUAUAACAAUGAAGAAAUGAAUCAGGGCUAUAUUUAUGAAAACUUGUUUAGUAUGGAAAAUAUGACAUUAUACUUUUUAAAAGAUCAGUAUAAAGUAAUAUUUGGACAAAUGACUGUUGGACAAUUUAAUUGGCAAGAAAAUAUGAAUGACAUGGAACAUUAUAACAAAUAUAUUAAUACGAUUUAUAAAAAAAAUGAAUGGAUCAUCGAACCUUUUCGUGCUAAACUAAGAUAUCAUUUAAUGUUUCAAGAAAUUGUUUUUACACAUAUUUUGCAGUAUAUCUCGAUUCAUAUGCAGCAAUUUUUCAUUACUUGUAGUACUAAGGCAGCAAUAAUGUGUUACAAUUGUUCGUCAAUACACAUUUCAAUUAAUCAAUAUAGAAACUUGUGGUAUCUUAUUGCGGAACCACUAAAAAAUGCUAUUGAACUAUUAGGUUUCAAGGAUACUUUGUUAAAUCAAAUAUUGAUACAUUUUGAGACCAAAUCAUCAAACCUGUGUCAAUAUAAAACAUUAUUAUAUCAAGUUAAAAUUUUGCACAGACGUUGUUUACGUGAAUUACAUGUUCCGAUUAAAAAAAAUACAGAGUAUCAACUCAAUCUUGACGGACCACGUAAUGAAUUUGACCAAUUUGCUAUUGAAAGCAAUUUCAGUAAAUUUGUAAAUUAUGUUAAAGAAGUUAAGACUUUAUUAAAACCCAUCAACAGUAGUUUAUUCUUUAUUAGGUUUUUAUAUCAAGACGUAUUUCUUGAUUAUAAAUUUAAAUUUUUUCCAUAUAUUUGUAAAUAUAGUAAUUGUUAAUUAUUAUGACUAAAACAUAUUUUAAUGCUAUUUUUAAAUAAAUUUUACAUAAUACAUGUGAUACUUACAA